AUGGGUUUUUAUGAUAUCCAAAUCAAUGGUGUUGAGGUUAAGGCAACAAUCAGGGAAGAGAAUCAAUAUGACCUAUUGGGCAAAGGCAUAUCCGAAUUGAAAUCUCGAAUGGACAAUCCUCCUGUUGUGGGAAUCGAUUUCAAGGGAUCCGACAAAACUGCAGGGAUGCCGGAUUUGCUCUUGUUGCACGUUAAAGAUCGUUGCUUGAUCAUUCAACUGAAACCCAAGAAUGGCUUGGUUUAUGGAAGCCUCAGGGACUUUCUAAAUGACAAGAGUAUUUGCUUCGUGGGUUUUAAAAUCAAUGGCGUAUACCAAACACUAAAAAGUCGCAACAACAACCAGGCGACGCGCAAGCAUGCAUUGGAAAUCACCGGAACUGAAGCCGAAGCCGGAGAUUUGGCUGCCUCGGUUCUUAAGAAUCCAUCACUGCAGAAAUGA